CUUGUUCUAAAAGAAGAACAGUAACGAAAAUGUGUUAAACAGCAUCCCCCCAUCUCUCUCCAUUUCUUCCGAGUUCCAAAUCUUCCAUAGUCCCAAGUCCCGUCUCAUCUCUCUCCCUAAUCCGGAAGUUCGUAUCCGUUCAUCUCUCUCUUUCACUUUCUCUGAAGAAACAACAUAAAUAAUUACUUCGAAAGUCCUUUUUUGUAUUUCAUGCGAUUUUAGAAACCCUAGGAUUUGAGUAAUGGGAAGAAGUAGAUUCCGAACUGAAGAUUGAACUCAAUUUCAACUUCGAUUUUAGUUUUUAAUCUGGAUAUUGUUAUUGUUAUUGUUAUCAGAUUAGAUUAGAUUAGAUUUGAGAUUGGUAUUCUUGAAAUUCGAUCUGAGAAGAUUAUUAUGGAUUCGUCGUCAUCAACAACAUCAGCUGCUACUGUUAUUGCUUCUGCUGCUGCCGCUACUUCUGGAGAUGAAGAUGGACUUAUUACUGUUAGGUCUGGACUUGCAAAAGAUGCUGCUCUGUUGUUUCAGUCGAGAAGAUAUUCAGAUUGUUUGGAGGUUUUGAAUCAACUAAACAAGAAAAAACAAGAUGAUCCUAAGGUUCUUCACAAUAUUGCUGUUGCGGAGUACUUCAAUGGUGGUUGCACUGAUCCAAGAAAGCUGCUUGAAGUUCUCAAUAGUGUUAAGAAGAGAAGUGAGGAGCUUGCUCAUGCAGCUGGAGAGCAGGUGGAUGCGAGCAGUAUCGGUAAUAAUAGUAUUUCAGGACCUAAAAGUCAUCAGUUUUCUGCUGCCACAACUGCUAGUGCUUACACAGAUGAAUUUGACACUUCUGUUGCAAAACUGAACAUUGCAGUUGUGUUAUUCCAUCUUCAUGAGUACGCAAAUGCAUUGUCGAUUUUGGAACCAUUAUAUCACAAUAUUGAACCCCUUGACGAGGCAACUGCUCUUCAUAUCUGUCUUCUGUUACUGGAUAUUGCAUUAGCCUCCAAUAAUGCAACAAGAGCUGCUCAUGUUAUUCAGUAUCUAGAAAAAACAUUUACUGAUAUCAUCGGUCAAGGUGAUAGUGGAAAUGUUGCACAUCAUCAAUCUGCUAACACACCAGCAAAAACCUCCUCUGCACCAAGUAAUUCCCCUGCAUUGGACACUUCAAAUUCAGAUGCCAUAGCCAGUGCAAAUAUGUCAGAAGCUCCUCUAGGAAGAUCCUUAUCAGAGGAGUCAGAUAGCUAUGAAACUCUUCUUUCAACCCUAGACAUAGGUGGGCAGAACUUAGCAAGGGCGCCUGGUUUCACCAUCAAUAAUGAUUUAUCAAGAACAACAACGGAUCGCGCUGCUCCUGUGGUUGACCUAAAGCUGAAGCUACAUUUAUACAGGGUUCGACUGCUACUUCUCACAAGGAAUUUGAAGGCAUCAAAACGUGAAGUUAAAUUAGCAGUUAACAUUGCUCGUGGUAGCGAUUCUCCCACGGCAUUGUUAUUGAAAUCCCAGCUGGAGUAUGCUCGAGGUAAUCACCGAAAAGCGAUAAAGCUCUUGAUGGCAUCAAACAGUAGGACAGAACCAUGGAUGGAAAGUAUGUUUCACAACAAUCUCGGAUGCAUUCAUCAUCAGCUUAAGAAACACCACAUGUCAACCUGUUAUUUUUCGAGGGCACUGAAAAGUAACUCAUCUCUUCGAUCUGAGAAGCCUCAGAAGCUUUUAACUUUCUCACAGGAUAGAUCUCUUUCUGUCGUGUACAACUGCGGUUUGCAGUAUUUGGCUUGCGGUAAGCCAGCAGCUGCAGCUCGUUGUUUCCAAAAGGCUAGCUUGAUCUUUUACUACAAGCCUCUUCUUUGGUUAAGAAUUGCUGAAUGCUGCUUAUUAGCCUUGGAGAAGGGGCUUCUGAAUUCCUCUGAAGUUAGAGUGCAGGUUAUUGGUACAGGGAAAUGGAGACAGCUACUGGUGGAAGAUGGGACUACAAGAAACAGGUUUUUGGAGUUGACUAAACUGAAAAAUGGUUCAGGAAGUGCUGAUAAAGUCGAUCUCUCAAUCUCCUUUGGUCGACAGUGCCUCCUCAAUGCCCUACAUCUGUUAGAUGGUCUCGAAUUGAAGUCCCAAAAAACAGGGUCUUCUGCUUUGAAAGAGGAUGAGACGAAUGAAGAAACACCCUUACAUAGUUCAAACCACAAGAACUUAGCAGGUAGGGAUUCAAAGGCAUCUAAUAUUCCAGCAUCUAAUGCAAAUGGAGAUGUGAAAGAUUCAAAAGGAGGAGGAAGUUCUAGUUCCAUAUUACAAAGCUCUAUUUCUUUGUACGAAGAUAUUUGCAGAAGAGAGAACAACAUGAUCAAGCAAGCGGUCCUUGCGGACCUAGCCUAUGUAGAGCUGAAUCUUGAGAACCCGUUGAAGGCACUGUUGGCUGCAAAUUCUCUUUUGAAACUUCCAGAGUGUUCGAGAAUAUAUAUCUUCUUAGGUCAUGUAUAUGCAGCUGAGGCUCUGUGUCAUCUAAACCGGCCGAAGGAAGCUUCUGAGCAUUUGGUAGCCUACGUGGAUGGAAGCCAAAAUUCUGAGUUGCCAUAUAGCGAAGAAGACAGAGAGAAAUUGGGAGUUGGGAAAGGUGGUGACAUUGAGGAGAUUAAUGGUGGUUCAGUGCCUCCUAAAAACGUGCCCAAGGAAGAAUAUCAAGGUACUCUCUUCCUCAAACCAGAAGAAGCGCGUGGAAGUUUAUACGUGAAUCUUGCUGCCAUAUCAGCAGUGCAAGGUGAUCUGGAGCAGGCUCACCGGUUUGCAAGGGAAGCCCUGUCGAUGAUCCCGCGAAAUUCCCAAGCCAUUCUAACAUCUGUUUAUGUGGAUCUCCUGCUCGGGAAAACAGAGGAUGCUGUUUCCAAGUUGAAACAGUUUGACGGUGUUAGAUUUCUCCCUACUGCAGUGAGAAGUGGUUCUUGAUGGGUUUUAUUGUUUCUUCAAUUGGCCUUAGUUUUUAACGAAGUAAUCCCACCCCAAUCCUCCCGAGUCGGGUUUGGAUUCAGUAACGUAGAACCUUUUCUUCGUUUCUUACAGUAUAUGUAACAUAUAUACAAUUGAGUCUUAGAAUAAGCUUCUUUAAAAAAAAUUUCAAUGUUGUUUUUAGGGUUUGAUUGGCAUGGGCGUGAUUGUUUUGGUAGCGUGAAUGCCCCCGCCUUUUAGAUUCCAUCUGUAACGGUUAUUCUGAUUGUUAUUAGAGUGGUGCUUUCAUGUGGCCAAACUAGGCACUUGUAAUGAGGGGUACAAGAAGGGAUAGAGAGAUUUUGAGCUCUCUUCAGAGUAGUGUUAUUCAUUUUGGAAAAGUAUAAAUGCAAUGCCUUUCCAUUCAUAAA